GCUAGCGCUGAGGAUGUCGAGAACCUGGGCAUUGCCGGUUACUACAAUCUGUUGUACUUCUCGCGCUUUAUGCUCUAUCUUGAACUCGGCUAUGAACCCAAUUCUGUACAACCUAAUGUCCUCCAAGUUUCGCAGUGGUUUCUGGAGGCUGUUGCUCACUUGUCUGGGACAGCGGCCUCAUCACCAUCAUCGACACCAUUACCAUCAGAGGCAAAAUCCAACAGCAGGAGGAAGUGGGCGAAACACGUCCAGGCGUCAAGAACAAGAUGCCGAGGAGGGAGCUACGUUGGCGGGAUCGUCCACUGCUCGGCAUCCACGUCGAACUCUUCGCCGCGAGGCCACCUUCCUUAUCAACUCCAUAUCCACCUCCUCUGGCACGGAUCGCACAACAUCCUCGUCGACGUGGCGCAGCAAUAGCUUGUCCGUUUCAGGCUUGAGCGAACGGGAACGGGGCAUCCUGGGAGCUGCCAUCAUUGGUACAACAGCUGCCACCGUUACUACUGCAUGCCUGCAGGAGCGACGAGCCAGCAAAAUCUGAAAACCAACCUACGAAUCCUUCGAACCCAUUACUGCCGGCCACCGUUUAAGUAUUUAGUUGAAUUCCAACAGCAAAUAGUCAUAGUUUUAGAAGAAAUUUUGUUGUAAAGA